UAUCCCCUCCUCCGUCGCCAUCGCGUCUCCUCGCUAGGACUUUCUCGAUCCCCAAUACAUCCACACCCAUCCCCAGCCCGGAUCCAGCCGAUGGCGGACGCGGAGGCAUGUGAGACUAAGAUGAGCAUUCUCAAGAGCUCAGAUGAGGAGGAGUUUCAGGUGGAGGAGGUUGUCGCCAUGGAGUCGCAGACCAUCCGCCACAUGAUCGAUGACGGCUGUGCCAACAACAAGAUCCUGCUCCCCAUCAUCAACUCCAAGAUCCUCUCCAUGGUCAUCGAGUACUGCAAGAAGCACAUCCAGGCUAAGCCCACCACAGACACCACCACCAGAGCUUCUGAAGCAUAUGAUGUUGUGGCACCUGCCGGCCCCGUCGAGGACCUCAAGAACUGGGAUGCCGAAUUUGUCAGGGUCAACGAGUCCACCCUUUUUGACCUCGCUAUGGCUGCAAGGUAUCUCAACAUCAAGGGACUGCUAGACCUGACCACCGAGACUCUUGCCGACAUGAUAAAGGGCAAGAAUUCGGAGAAGCUUCUAGGCGGAGGAGCAGAAGAUCAACAGUGAGAACUAGUGGGACUUUUAGUAAAGGAGCUUCUUGGACGCGCUAAAUCAACGAUUAAUAUUCAUCAUGACUACCUUUCCGCAUCCAUCUUUAUUGUGUAAUGGGUUGUAAUUGUAUUGGAUUCUAUGAGGUUGCGGUGUCGAAGAACAUCUUUAGUUGUUACG